AUGAAUCGAAUCUUCGGUACAAACAAAGCUAAACCUAAGCCCAAUUUGACGGAUGCUAUCAACUCUACAGACGCCAGAAUAGGCUCGAUAGAAGUCAAAAUCAAGAAACUUGAUGCUGAAUUGGGUGCGUUCAAAACUCAAAUGGCUAAACUACGAGAUGGUCCAGGUAAAAACGCAAUACAACAAAGAGCUCUUCGAACUCUCAAACAAAAAAGAAUGUAUGAAUCUCAACUCAUGCAACUUCAACAACAGACUUGGAAUAUGGAACAAGCAGCUAUGACUACGGAGAAUCUCAAGAACACCAUGGCAACUGUGGAUGCUAUGAGAGUAGCGAACAAAGAGAUGAAAAAGCAAUACAAAGGAUUAGAUAUUGAUAAGAUCGAGACUAUGCAUUAUGAUAUGGAAGAUUUGAUCGAACAAGCGAAUGAGAUACAAGAAUCUUUAGGAAGGAGUUAUGGUGUUCCGGAUGAAGUUGACGAGGCGGAUUUGCAGGCUGAACUCGACGCUCUUGGUCUGGACGAAGUAGCAGAAGGCGAAACUCCUUCGUACUUGCAAGACACUCAAGCCUUACCGGACUUUAUUGAUUCUGCUCCGAUCGAAGAACUUCAUCAGAGUAACGCUCCCACUGCAGAGGUGGCUCGAUGAACGCCGACGAGUCACUACGAGUUAUCCUUGUGGGAUCCCAGGCUUCGAGACAAUCACCCACCUUGUGACGCACGAAGCCUGUGUAGAAUAGACAGGUUGGAUAGGGAAGAUUGACAUGACAUGAGAAGAGACAUGGUUGUAUAUUAUGCAAAUGAGGACAUCUGUAUCAUCUGUAAUAGUAUAGUGAACAUGUUUAUUGAAGUCAUGUCCUCAUGUC